AUGCGCAGCAACGCACUGCUCAAGACCUUACUCACCACCACCACCAUGUGCGCCGCCCUCGACCUCUACACGAGCCUGGAGUCCCUCGUCGCGAAGCCGUACUACAAGCUCGAGCAGAGCGUCGCCGCGAAACAGAUUCCCGCGCUGUCGACCGCCGAAGGGGAGCUCCAACCGCUGGCCGACGGCCCGGGCGCGACCUUCGACCACGGCCCGUGGGACGCGCUCCUCCGGAAACACGUCAAGGCCGGCCGCGUCGAUUAUGACGGUCUCCAGGCCGAUAAAUCCAAAUUCGACGCCUACGUCACGUCCCUCGCCCAAGCGGACGUCGCGAAGCUCUCGCCGAAGGAGAACUUCGCCUUCCACUGCAACGCGUACAACGCCCUGUGCAUCGGCAAGAUUCUUGAUGAAAAGCCCGCCAAGUCGAUUUUAGAUCUGUCGACGAAGCAGCAGACCGUCUGGGAUUCGAGAGCUGGUAUCAUUGGCGGCGAGGUUGUGAGUCUCAACGACGUCGAGCACAAGAGGCUGCGCCUCGUCUUCGCCGAGCCGCGCGUCCACGCGUGCCUCGUCUGCGCGUCGGCGUCGUGCCCCGACCUCGCGCCCUACGCGUUUACUGGAAAGGAGCUCGACGCCCAGCUCGCGGACCGGACGCGGACGUGGCUCGCGAACCCGACCAAAGGGUUCGCCUCGGAGCGCAGCGGCGCCGUCGCGCGCCUGUCGCGCAUCUUCCUCUGGUUCGAGGCGGAUUUCGAUGAUACAUUGGCGUUCGCGCGCGCGAACGGCGCGGCGGCCGACGGCGCGCCCGCGGUGCGCUACUUCGAGUACGACUGGUCGCUGAAUAAGAGCUAG